ACUCUUGCGGUUGAGUGGAAUAAUACGGAGACGACUUUGGAUAAGCUAAUGCGGUAUACAUAUGGGAGAGGCGGGUCUAAGGCUAACCCAUCUACUACUGAUGGAUUGACGCAUAAGAUUGGCCUUACCUCGGCGGCCUUGUAUGAGCUGCAUGCUGCAACGGUGACUGCAGCCGAUGAGAUCUGGGCCGAGUUCGACAAGAUCCAUUUCGGAUAUGCAGCGGAUAUAGAUGACUUGAAGAGUGGUGCGGUGAAUGCCUUCAACUCGGUGAGUAGUUGGGCGUGA